AGAUAGGUAGUUAGUUGCCCAUUGCCGACUAUCCGACGGGAGCGAGAGUGCAUGUGAAACAGCGAGAGAAAAGAGUGAGCGAGAAGUAGAAACAAAACGUAAAGGGUGAGACAGAGAGUGAGGAAAAUAAGAAACUUAAGAAACUAUGGCCGUGUCAGCAACUCCGCCGGUGCUUUCCCCAACAUCUAAUCCGGGGGCUGGCAGUUUAUUCCGCUCCGAUCCGCUGUAUACAAGCCCGGCCGAGUCCCCGAGAUUGACAAGCAGCUUGAUCAACUCUUUCAUCAGCAGCGGAGGAGGCGGUGGAGGAGGAAAUGGAAACGGCACAAGCGGCAAUAACGAGUGCAAAGUGGUUGAGGUGCACGGGGUCAAGGUAGCCUCGUUCAACGUGGACGGUCAAGAACUCAUCUGCCUGCCGCAGGUCUUCGACCUCUUCCUGAAACAUCUGGUCGGGGGUCUGCACACCGUCUACACCAAGCUGAAGCGGCUGGAUAUAUGCCCCGUCGUGUGCACGGUUGAGCAGGUCCGGAUUCUGCGGGGGCUUGGGGCUAUUCAGCCUGGGGUGAAUCGCUGCAAACUCAUCACCCGCAAGGACUUCGAAGCGCUCUACAACGACUGCACCAAUGCCAGCUCCAGGCCUGGCCGCCCACCGAAGCGUUCCCUGGGGGUAGCGAUGCAGGAGAGCUCCAGGCUUCUUCCCCACAGUGUCCACGGCCUAUUGUCACCCGGCCUCCUCUCAUCCAUGUCGCCCGGAGGGCUGACGGCUGCAGCGAUGGCCGAGGCUAUGAAGCUGCAGAAGAUGAAGCUGAUGGCCAUGAACAACCUCCACGGAGCCGGCAGCCAGAACGGGACCGAGUCAGAGAACGACGAGCUCAACUCCAACGCAGGUGGCAGCGAGUCCUCCUGGGACAAAGAGAAGCUCCAGUCUCCCCCCUCCUCCGGUGCUGCCCACGGCCUCGGUCACGCAGGCCUGUCAGGGCAGCACGGCCUGUCCAGCUCCCACCUCAGCUCUCUGCAGCAGAACCACCUACUGGCCAACCGACUGGACCUUCCAUUCAUGAUGAUGCCCCACCCCCUGCUGCCCGUCAGCCUGCCGCCUGCCUCUGUUGCCAUGGCAAUGAACCAGAUGAACCACCUGAACACCAUCGCAAACAUGGCCGCUGCAGCUCAGAUGCACAGCCCCUUGUCCAGAGCAGGAGCGUCUGUCAUCAAGUCUGACCCUCGGUCUCUGUGGCAGGAGUGUGUCCAGGACAGCCCCUCUCCGGCGCCCUCCAUGGAGGAAGGUCCUCGCCCGGGCUCCCAGCCCUCCUCACACCCCAGCAGCAGUGCCUCCAGCUCCCCAGCCCCACACCAACACACCCCCGACCGCCUGGUGAUGAAUCCUGUUGACGGAGGCCUCGGGGAGAGAGAGGCUGGGAUCAACAUGAAAAAGAUGUUCAAAGAGAAAGAUGAGGCGCAGCUGGCCCUGCCCAUGAUGAAGCCAGGCUUUGAGAAGAUGCCCCUGGGAGGACAGACCCUGCCUCCAGGCUUCCCUGCCCCCUUCCUCUUCGCCGACGGACUCAACUCUGUGGAGACUCUGCUCACCAACAUCCAGGGCCUGCUGAAGGUAGCGGUGGACAAUGCCCGUGUGCAGGAGAAACAAGUCCAGCAGGAGAGGAAGGAGCUCAAGAUGGAACUCUACAGGGAGAGAGAGAUGAGAGAGAGCCUGGAGAGACAGCUCACCUCCGAACUGCACAGCCGAGCCACCAUCCAGAAGCGCCUGAAGAAGGAGAAGAAGGCUAAGAGGAAACUGCAGGAGGCUCUGGAGUUUGAGUCCAAGCGUCGUGAGCAGGUGGAGCAGGCCCUCAAAACGGCCACCUCCCCAGAGAACCUCUGCAUGAGUCUCAACGAGGCAGUGAUACCAGAGGUUGAGCCGGAGCGUAACGGCAGCCAACAGGAGAACUCGGCUGUACAGGAGAACAGACCCUACACCAAGCCUCCAAUAAUGUACUGAGAGAGACCUCCAGCUUCUCUAGACCUGGCCCAGGGCUGUCGCUGCAGGCUUCCCCAGAGACAGAGCCCUUGGCUGGGAGAGGACGAGUGGAGAAGAGGGAUGACUGGAGGGAGGAAUGGAUCCCCAAAACCAUCCCCUGAAACUCAUGUACAGGACUGCAGAGAGGGUGUGGUGGGGUGAGAGGCAACACUGGAGUGCUGCUUAUUGCUGCCCCAUCAUCCCACUUCAGCUACUUGUAAAAAAAAAUCCCUCUAUUUUACUUGUUUUGACUACUUUUGUUCUACCCUCUUUGAGAGAAAAAAGUAAGGACCAUUGAAAAUAAAACUGUCUUGGAUUUCUCUCUACUCCCUGUGAAGCACAUACAGAAGCCUAUCCUCCUUCUCUAUCCUAUUUCUCUCCAAGCCGAUUUUCCUCUCGUUAUUAUUAUUGUUAUUAAUUAUUCUCGCUAUUAUUAUUAUUCUCGUUAUUAGUUGUUGAUUCCUCCGAUGCCCCAAUAGCACAAGUCUUGCAGCGCAUAUAUAGGAUCAUAUCUUCCUAAAGCUCAAAAGUCUGAAGGAGGAUAUGAAAUGUCAAAUUCAAGACAAAAAUGUGCUUCUCUUCUUCUAUCCCCUGUUCAUCAUCAAGUUAAAGGGACUCAAAUGGUUUCUGAAUUUCUACGCUUUUCCCCUCUUUUUGU